AUGCACAUGCGGUUCAUGCGCAGGGUUAUGCCGAGGCUAGGGGGAAGCAACGGGCAGACGCCGGCGGCUCGAAGAUCCCUCAACUAUCGGCACGCGUUUCACGCCGGAAACUUUGGCGACGUGAUGAAGCACAGUAUUCUGAUGACAACCAUCAAGCAUAUGCAGAAGAAGCCGAACCCCAUGUUGCUGAUUGAUACUCAUGCGUCAACUGGAUUGUUUGACUUGCGGACACCUGAGGCAACUCGGAGUCCGGAAUUUAAGCAGGGGAUUCAUCGUGUGGAAGAAUACUAUAAGAAGUUUGGCUCAAGCGAACUCCCUGAGGACGAUCGCCUUGUUCUCUCUGAGCUUCAUCCUCAAGAGAUCGCAGCACUUCAUUCUAACUUUGUCGACUUGAACUGCAACAAAAAGUUCCCGAUCAAAAAUCCUGAUUUUCAAGCUACUUGGGAGCGUGAGUUGAAGCAACUUGGGAUAAACAAGAUGCUCUUGUGCAAGCUACUAGUCCGAGACCCAACCAUCGACCGACAGCGGCUAAAUGGUUGCGGCAUUUUGAUUUUGAAUCCACCUUAUCAACUUGAUCAAGAUCUCUCUGACUACAUGCCCUGGUUAGCCAAGCUGUUGGGCGAGACCCCACAAGCCAUGGGAAGUCCCGCGCAGUUGUACCUGGCUGACUCCUGA